AUGUUUCGUGCAUUGAAGCAAGUUCUCGCCAAGACCGAAAGGGAUGAAGACGUAUUUGACGUUCAGGAGCUCCGUGAAGCUCUCGAGUCGGCUGAUACAGCCGCCCAAGAAGGGCGGCGUGGUCCUCAGCUUCUAGGAGGCGUAGCUGCGAUCCUUCAGAAGCUCUGGCAGAGUGAAUCGAGGUACCUGGUAGAAGCGGCUGAGGCGUUGGCCAAUGCCAGUCGUGAUCAACCCGCUCAAGCUCAAGUCGCUACAAAUCGGCUCGGAUAUAUCUUGCUCAAGCAGAUAAAUGAUGGGGCUAUCCAAGGGAAUGCGCUACUCAAUUUUACAUAUGAGUUAGUCGAGAUGACAGCAGGUCAAGCCGAGGGCAUCGAGAACUCGCCCGACGGCACCAUUGUGCUCAUGAUGAACAUAGCUCUCCAAGAGGACACUACUUUCGCACAGUAUACAUGUCUGGUGACCUGCCUUGCACAAUACCUGCAAACAGAGAGAUUCCAGACUGCAAGUAUUCGGCACAAACUUGUCGAACACAUCAUAUCAGUCCUUGAGCGAUCUUUCACUAUCGAAGUCGAUGAAUCCGUGUCUGAAGAUGUCCAACUCCUAAAUCAGUUGCGUCUAAAACUCAACCAAACAUUAGGCGAUAUUUCGGCACUACCUACAUUCCUCGAAACAUAUCCCAUAGGCUCACCAUUGAUAGAUACUCUCCAAUCAUGGCUUACACAACGGCAAGAAACAUUACAAAUAUGUGCAUGCGUUGUUCUAGGCAAUGUAGCUCGAACGGACGAAAUCUGCCAACUGAUGAUAGAUCAGCUCAACAUCCAUCGCGCUCUAAUCCACAACCUAAACAACAACACAAUUGGCGGUGUACUCCACGCCUCACUCGGAUUUCUAAAAAAUCUGUCCAUUGCAGAAUCAAACCGUGAGAAGCUUGGAGACGCAGGUAUUAUUCCCGCUGUAUCCAAGAUUUGGACGUACGACACUGUACCCCAGGUCCAGUUGGCAGCUACCAGCGUGACUCGUUUAGUGAUUGCAUCAAACAUCAAAAAUAUUUCUCGACUACUCACUUCUUUGUCCUCCGACCCAGACUCGCCAGCUCAUUCACGCACGUAUUUGUCCAUGUUACUUUCCCUAUGUGGCAGAACAGACACGGCGCCUAUCAAGACUGAGAUUGGUCGUAUCAUCUGCUCCAUCUGCCGGACUCUUUUGUCUCGCAAGGAUGCAGCCGAUGUGGACGAUGAGACCCCUGCACUCUUAUAUCGACUAUUUGAUUUACAUAAAGACAUUGCACGUCCCGUUGGCGCUAUGAUCACGCAGACCGAGUGGCCCGUCGUACGGAGCGAGGGCUGGUUUGCCUUGGCUCUGAUGGCGUCUCAUGAUAGAGGCUGUCCUGCCGUGGUGGAUUGUUUGAUCGAUACAGAUAUCUAUACACAGGUUGAGAAGAGUCUUGAUGUGACUGAUGACGAAUCUACUCCCGCGACGGAGGCAGUAGCUACGAACGAGCAGUUGCAGAGAAAGGGCGAUAGGGAUAAUCUUGUGAUUAUGGUAAAGGAAUUGCUGAGUAGAGAUCCGGAGUCUUUGCCUAAGGUGAAGAAGGAUAGGUUGAGAGAGUUGAUGAAUCGGGCUAUAUCGUUGCGAAGCUAG